GCCAAACGAAAACAACCCAAAACAAACAGGGAGCUGAACCUAAAACAGACCGGCUCUUUACGUCGUCGUUUAACCACCGUUCUGAAAAGCUCAGAGCCAAUUUCUUCGUCUCAUGCUUCUUCUCUUCGAUUAACUUCUGGGCAACCAAAAGGGGAGGUAAAGAAGCUUGUUAGGGUUUUGGACGAUGAUAUACACGGCGAUAGACACCUUCUACCUGACGGACGAGCAGUUGCAGAACUCGCCGUCGAGGAGGGACGGGAUUGAUGAACCCACGGAGACCACGCUCAGAAUCUACGGCUGUGAUUUGAUCCAAGAAAGCGGAAUAUUGCUCAAAUUACCUCAAGCUGUAAUGGCGACUGGUCAGGUUCUGUUUCACCGCUUCUAUUGCAAGAAGUCCUUUGCUCGCUUCAAUGUCAAGAAAGUUGCAGCUAGCUGUGUGUGGCUUGCAUCGAAACUGGAGGAAUGCCCUAAGAAAGGCAGACAGGUGAUCAUUGUCUUCCACCGGAUGGAAUGCAGGAGGGAGAACCUACCCAUUGAGCAUUUGGAUCCAUAUUCAAAGAAAUAUUCAGACUUGAAGAUGGAGUUGAGUAGAACAGAAAGGCAUAUUUUGAAAGAGAUGGGUUUCAUUUGUCAUGUUGAACAUCCUCAUAAAUUCAUAUCAAAUUACCUUGCCACUCUGGAAACACCUCGGGAAUUAACACAAGAAGCCUGGAAUCUAGCAAAUGACAGCUUACGCACAACAUUGUGUGUUCGAUUCAAGAGCGAGGUGGUUGCUUGCGGUGUGGUUUAUGCUGCUGCUCGGAGAUUUCAAGUACCACUUCCUGAAAAUCCACCUUGGUGGAAGGCAUUUGAUGCUGAGAAAUCAGGGAUUGACGAAGUUUGUAGGAUUCUGGCUCAUUUGUACAGCCUUCCUAAAGCAAAGUACAUACCGGUCUGUAAAGAGGGCGACUCUUUUACAUUUUCUAACAAGUCAUGGAUUUCGUCUCAGCCAGUGACAAAGUUGCCAUUUUCAACAGCUUAUUGCAUGUUGAUACUGCAAGUGCUGCUGUUUUUCUCUGGGAAGGAAGUUCCAAAGAAUGCUCCCGCUCCCGCAGCUAUUGAUGAUGCCUCUAAUUCAAAGGAUACAACAGCAUUGAAUCCUGAAUCUGGUGGAUCAAAGGGUGUGUUGGUCAAGCUACCCGUUGACAAGCCAAAGGACUCCAAAGAGAGUGGUGAUGAAUCCAAGAGCAUGGCUGUUGAGGGAGAGGCAAGAGAAGAUGUCAAUAUCAAGUCCAAGUCUGAACGCCGCAUGGAAUCAAGCGGUGAUAAAAGCAAGGACAGAGAGAGGGACAGGGAGAGAGAUAGGGAAAGGGACCGGGACAGGGACAGAAUAAAGGCUCGGGAUCGUGAUAGGGGCAGGGAUUCUGACCGGGAACGAGAUCGAGAGGAGGCCGAGAGGGACAGAAACAGGGAUCGGAGUCGUCGUUCAAAGGAUAGAGCAAAAGAUUCAGGGGGGCAUUCAGACAAAUCGAGGCAUCACUCAUCACGCGAUCGUGACUAUCACAGUUCCUCGUAUUCUUCCCGGGAUAAGGAUCGCCAUAGACAUCAUUCGUAUGCUUGAACUAAUCGUCAAGACGCCUCUCCUUUCCCUUUUAAGUGAACGAAACUGAACGUACUUCGGCUGUAUUUUUACAAUUUUUCAGAUGUAAAAGUGUAUUAGAUUUUGGUAGGAUGUGUGCAAUGCACAGCAUUGAUCCUUCUAAAUCUUGAUUCUGUUGUUGGAUAGUUGAAUUACUUGUGAUAUCCUUACAUCCUUCUUGGUUGAGAAC